GCUUGCUCAGCGAGUGUAGGUGACAGCCAGCUGCUGAGGGGUGUAGCCAGUUGUGUUGGAUGAGGUGCAGAUCUGUGCUGGCCCAGUGGGUCAGCCGCUUUCUAGGCCGAAGGACAUAGUUAUUUACUCUCUCCGAACGCCAGUUGUCUCAUCUAUAAAGUGGAUUACAUUACCUCGGGGUUGUUUUGGAGAUUGAGAACAAGUCAGCACCUCAUCUAUGGGCACCUUUCCAAAGCAGGUGAAGAUUGUGGAAGUUGGCCCCCGAGAUGGUCUACAAAAUGAAAAGAGUAUUGUACCUACUGCUGUGAAGAUCAGGCUGAUCGACAUGCUUUCUGAAGCGGGGCUCCCCGUCAUAGAAGCCACCAGCUUUGUGUCUCCCAAAUGGGUUCCUCAGAUGGCUGACCACACUGAAGUCUUGAAGGGCAUUCAGAAGUUUCCUGGCAUCAGCUACCCAGUCCUGACCCCAAACAUGAAAGGCUUUGAGGCAGCGGUGGCUGCCGGAGCCAAGGAAGUAAGCAUCUUCGGUGCUGUCUCGGAGCUCUUCACCAGGAAGAACGUCAACUGCUCCGUAGCCGAGAGCUUCCAGCGCUUUGACGGGAUCAUGAAGGCCGCUCAGGCCGCCAACAUUCCCGUGCGCGGGUACGUCUCCUGUACCCUUGGAUGCCCUUAUGAAGGGAAGAUCUCCCCGGCUAAAGUGGCUGAGGUUGCCAAGAAGCUGUACUCCAUGGGCUGCUAUGAGAUCUCCCUAGGGGAUACCAUUGGUGUGGGCACCCCGGGGCUCAUGAAAGAUAUGCUGUCUGCUGUCAUGCACGAGGUGCCUGUGGCUGCCCUGGCUGUCCACUGCCAUGACACCUAUGGCCAAGCCCUGGCCAACACUUUGAUGGCUCUGCAGAUGGGAGUGAGUGUUGUGGACUCUUCUGUGGCGGGACUCGGAGGCUGCCCCUAUGCACAGGGGGCAUCGGGGAAUUUGGCCACUGAGGACCUGGUCUACAUGCUCUCGGGCUUGGGCAUUCACACGGGUGUAAACCUCCAGAAGCUCCUGGAAGCUGGGGACUUUAUCUGCCAAGCCCUGAACAGAAAAACCAGCUCCAAAGUGGCUCAGGCUACCUGUAAACUCUGAGCCCCUUUGUCUACUGCAGCCCCUUGGACUUUGUGGAAGUAGGACACACAUGGGUGAUUUCUGAAUGAGGAAACGGAAAUGAUUAUAAAAUAAAAAGGAGUGGGUAUUUCACCAGCAGCUCCGGGCAGCUCCGCACUGAGGUGUCUCCUGGCAGCAAGGGGGCCGGGGUGCUGCUUGGCCCGCAGGCCCUCCCUGCCAGACCUGAAGCGCAGUGGGGCCUCCAUUCACCAGGCCCCGCACACAGAGCGGAGUGCCGAAGAGCCAGGGGAGCCUGGUUGGGGUGGUCAUUGAGUCAGCUCCUGGGAGUCUGUCAGCUAGACAAGCUAACCUGCACACAGCCCCCCCUGACAUGACCCAGACCACUGCUCACUUCUGGGGGCAAAGGGCAUCGAGGUCUCCCUCAAGCUGGCAGAGGCCACUUGCUGAAAGGGGUGAGGGCUGGGCUUCUCUGGUGGGCAUCUGCCAACCCCAGUAUCUUGGGGAGUCUUCACACUGCUUGUGAUUUUGAAAAUAACUCAUGUAAUUAAAGAUUUAGUUUUCCAGUA